AAAUCUCAGAAAAUGACCUUCCAAAAUGGCAGCAUACUGACAGAAUUCAUCCUCCUGGGACUCACAGAUCUCCCAGAACUCCAGCCUCUCCUCUUUGUGCUGUUUCUGGUUGUGUAUAUGGUCACCCUCCUGGGCAACUUGGGCAUGAUUGUCUUAAUUACACUGGACUCUCACCUUCAUACACCCAUGUACUUCUUCCUCACAGUUUUAGCCUUUGUAGAUGUUUGUUACACCACCAAUGCAACCCCACAGAUGUUGGUAAAUUUCUUAUCAGAGAAGAAAUCCAUCACCUUUGCUGGAUGCUUCACCCAGUGUUACCUUUUCAUUGCCCUUCUCCUCACUGAGUUUUACAUGCUAGCAGUAAUGGCCUAUGACCGCUACAUGGCCAUAUGCAACCCUCUGCACUACAGUGUGAAGAUGUCCAAGUCUGUUUGCAUCUGCCUGGCCACAUCUCCUUUUGUCUAUGGCUUCUCAGAUGGACUGUUUCAGGCCAUAUUGACCUUUCGCUUGAACUUCUGUAGCUCCAAUGUCAUCAAUCACUUCUACUGUGCUGACCCACCCCUCAUCAAGCUAUCUUGCUCUGAUACUUAUGUCAAAGAACAUGCCAUGCUCAUUUCAGCUGGUUUCAACCUCUCCAACUCCCUCACCAUCAUCCUGGUGUCCUAUGCCUUUAUUAUUGCUGCCAUCCUCCGGAUCAAGUCAUCCCAAGGAAGGCGCAAAGCAUUCUCCACCUGUGGCUCCCACAUGAUGGCUGUUACCCUGUUUUAUGGGUCCCUCUUCUGCAUGUAUGUAAGACCCCCGACCGAUAAGACUGUGGAAGAAUCCAAGAUAAUAUCUGUUUUCUAUACCUUUGUCAGUCCACUACUUAAUCCAUUGAUCUACAGUCUGAGGAACAAAGAUGUAAAGCAGGCUUUGAGGAAUGUCCUCAAGCAAAAUAUGGCUACUAAAUUUUCAUUGCCUUCAAUCUUCAAUAAACCUUAG